CACUCGCAGACCCCUCCCAAAACCCUCGCUUGCUCUCCCAAAACCGCAAUCGCCAUGAGCGCCACCAGCACCAACCCCGACCCCGCUGCCUCAACCAAACGCCCCUUCGACCCGUCGCUCGCCGACCCCUCUCCGCCGUCCAAGAUCCAGCGGUCCUCCGAGCCGGACCCCGCGCCGGCGGGAAACACGGACGGCGCCACUGACGCCGGUGAGGUGGCGGGGGUGGAGAGCAUGGCGAUGGCCGGGGCUCGGAACCCUCGGGCGCAGAGGUACCUGCUCGCGGUGGAGUACGUCGGCACCCGCUUCUCCGGCUCCCAGCAGCAGCCCAACCAGCGCACCGUCGUCGGCGUCCUCGAGGAAGCAUUUUGCAGAUUCAUUGGACAGCCAGUCUCAAUCUUCUGUUCUAGUCGAACGGAUGCAGGUGUUCAUGCUUUAUCAAAUGUUUGUCAUGUUGAUGUGGAGCGGAUAAGUAAAAGGAAGCCUGGUGAAGUGUUGCCACCUCAUGAGCCUGGAGUUGUAAAACGUGCUGUGAACCACUUUCUUCAGAAGAAUGAAGGUGACAUAAUGGUGACUGAUGUUCGUUGCGUUGCACCAGAUUUCCAUGCUAGAUACAAAGCUCUUGAGCGCACAUAUCACUAUCGUUUGCUUUCUGGACUCGAGCCAAUGCCAGUCUUUGAGAAAAACUCUGCUUGGCACAUACCUGAGGAUCUAGACAUUGAGGCAAUGAAGAAAGCAUGCAGUAUACUUAUUGGGCAUCAUGACUUCAGUUCAUUUCGAGCAGCUGGGUGUCAGGCGAACUCCCCAAUGAGAACUUUGGAUGAGCUUACUGUUACGGAAGUAUUUCCUUUCAUGUUUUUUCCUUCAAGCUUGGAGCGAUCAGAGAUGGAAUCAUCGGAUGGGUCUCUUGUUUAUUUGAGGACAGCAGCCUUGGAAUCUUCUGGGAAAGGAUCUGAUGGAUCCCGUACUAGCAUUGGGAAAUCAGAAUCUGACGAAGGGAAAGAAUUUGGAAAGAGAUUAAGGCACCGCUGCUUUGUUGUUACUGCAAGGUCACGGUCUUUUCUUUACCACCAGGUAAGGUUGAUGGUGGGUCUUCUAAAAUCUGUUGGGACUGGAAAUCUAACAACUGCAGAUGUUGAGAGAAUUCUGAAUGCAAAGGCGGUGACUGCUGCACCUCCGAUGGCACCUGCUUGUGGUCUGUACCUGGCUAAUGUGAAAUAUGAUCUGAGUGUUUGAAGACAAAAUUUUUCAAAGGAUUUCUGUUGCUGGAGCUCCAAGUUUUGUCAUCUAUUGGCUGCCAGAGGAUCAGGUUGUUGAAUCAUUAGGUAAAUGUGGAGUCUAGAAGCACCUUACUUGUAACAGCACCUUACUCGGAAAAGCACCUGUUUUCUAAUCUCUAUUUUAGAAUUUUUAUGCAAAGUAUGGAAUGUUAUUAAUUAUGUUUGUAUAAUGUAGUUUUAUGAAGAUGAUAAAACAAUGUAUGUCUUAUUCUUGUCAGCUUCUACCAUAUAUUCAGAUGAUCAGAUCCUUAGUUACAUAAUAUUCUGGAUACAUGCAUUUGUUAUUCAAAUGAUA